CAAGCAUACCACCGUUGAUCUCAGAUUGUUUCUUGCUGAGGUCCAACAGGUCUGACUGCAACGACCAUGGAUGAGGAAACCGACAUCGGCCUCGUCAGUCUCUCCGCGCCAUCCGCUUCUGGGUCCCCGAGCCGACCUCCAGGUGUCUCCCGAGCAGUCUCGUCAGGAAUGAAGUCUCCAUCUUCGCCCAAUUUGCUACCAAUCCGUCCACAGCCUCCUAUGAGACGAAAUACAAAUCCGCGGAAACUCUCCGUGUCUGUACAGUCGGCGAACUUGAGUCUAGAGAGUCUGUCGAUGGAUCCGAUGAAGGUUGCCAGCUUACGCAGGUGGAUUAUGAGCUUGGCGAUAGUCGACUUCGACCUGGAGGUCGGGCCCAAGAUCAGUUGUAUCUACCCGCCCCUCGACCUAUCACCGUCCGAGGAAGUCAAUAUAGCCUUCUCAUCGUUUCCGGACUCACCUCAGUUUGAGCAAGGCUCCCAGACGCACUCGUUCCGGAUACGCGUCCAUAACCCCUCCGAAGACAAGCUGCUCCGCCCCAGUCAACAGCGACCGCAGACAGAAGAUGGCUUUCUUUACGGUUUCUCCCAGUUCACACAACGUAGGGACGCGAACUCAAAGCGUGGAUACCAGCAGCGAUCCGUCGUAAUCCUUACUCAUCUAGCAUACCCCGCGCUCUUCUAUACCCUCGUUGAGAAGCUCGGUCCAUCAUUCCUCGCACACGGUGGCCCAAUGCUCGAAGCGGCAUGCCAUAACAUGGCUACUUGGUUAGACCCUUCGCCGGGAGCAACGCUGGAGCUAGGGUUCCUCGGCGGCGUGCUCAUCGCAGAGCUUCCGGCCGGUGUCGAUACCCAGCAGGCCCUUCCAAGUUCUGCGAUUAUCCGGAAGAACGCUCGUCGUGAACCAGAGCACCAGUUGUUGGUUUCUCUGCCUCCUCCAGAGCCUUCCGUGAUAUCCCUAUUCGAGGCCUGCCUGCCGCAACUAUGGUCUAUAUGGGAAUGCCUUGUCUUAUGCGAGCCGAUCCUCAUCUAUGGACCUUCUCCUGCCAUGACAAGCCAAGCAAUAUGGUGGCUGCGUGAUGUGCUUCGACCCAUCCCCGUGGCAGGUGAUUUCCGGCCGUUCUUCACAAUUCACGACGCGGAUCAUGCGGCACUCGUCAACCCUCGACCACCAUCAAGUGGACUAAUCCUAGGUGUGACAAACCCGUACUUCGAUCGUGCGUGCAAGCACUGGCCACAUGUGCUGAGCCUUGGGCGGACCUUUUCCAAUAAGUCGGACCCGAAUGCACCUGCUGGUCCUGCUCCGGGAUGGAGGACGAAACACAGCCGCUAUGUCUCAAGGGAUCAGACAGUGCUCCAGCAGCUCCAAGCUGCAUGUUCAGGCUCGGAACAAGCAAAACGCGAGGCUUCCGCCCUCAUGCGCCAACACUUCUCGUCGCGCACGGCUGCACUUCUUGUGCCCCUCCAGCGUUACCUUCAAUCGCUGAUCCCGCUCCCAUCAUCUUCUGCGUCCACAGGCUUCCCAUCUGCAACCCCGUCCUCCACAUUCCCCAGGUCCACAUCUAGCUCCUGGUUCCCCAGGUCAUCAGCAUCCCCCGCGUUCCCAAAGUCGGCCGCGCCGAGCGCAUAUCCAAAGUCGUCCGCUUCCAAUCUGUUCCCGCCAACACCGCUGCCCGGAACGUUCCCCAGUUCGUCCUCGUCCUCAGGGUUCCACACCCCGGACACGACGGGCGCAGACUCGCCGCGGGGCACGUCGUCCAGGUCAAUCUCGCCUUCGCCGAACCCCACACCCCCGACGGGCCCGAGCGUGGCGCGGACGGUCCCUCCCGCGCUGAACCUCCCGCCACGAGCCACCGACGACGCACUCGACUCGCCCGCCACGUCCGACGCCGCCCCUACCCCCGCCCUGCCCUCCGGUAACAGCGCGUACUACACGCCACUGAGCGCGGCCGCCAACGCCUACGCGCCACUCGGGACGAGCAGCCCCGCGUCCUCCGCGACGCUCACGCCCGCGACGCCGCGGCUCGCGCCGUUCAGCGAGAAGGCGUUCCUCGCGAACCUCAAGCCGCUCGUGCUGCCGUUCAAGAGCGGCGGGAAGGCGAAGGAGUUCUACACGCGCUGGAUACGCAGCCCGCGUUCGGCGUGUGGAUCGGGCGGCAGGAGGAGGCGGUGGAGAGGGUGCUCGGGGCGAGGGCCGCGGGCAACGCGUAGCCGCCGUGCCCUGGGGGCGCUGAGCAUGCAGAUGCAAGGACGUUAGGAAUGGAGUUCUCUUCUUGAGCGUGCAUUAUUCUCGUGCUGUAGUCUAGGUUGAGCGGCGUAGGACGCGGGCCGGUAUAUACAAGUCUGUCUAGAUGCAUGCAUGUCGAUAUACCCUCUGCACAUAGUCCCCUUUUCGUGAUCGAGAACGAGAAAGACUACCCUGCGGCCAGGCUAUCUCCGCUCUGCUGUCCUGAGCCCGGCGCCGCCCUCUCUCGCACCGGGCCGCGCACGCUCCUGCGCCUGCGUUGAAGACGAGGAUCGCUUGCC